AACCUUCAAAUUAUUUGUCAACAAGUUAAAAACCACUUGGAUGACUUGUUAAAUUUAUCAAAUCAAUAGGAUAAUUUGAAUUUAUUAUUAUAAGUUUUAAAGAAAUGUCUGACACCGAUUCAAAUGGUAGUUGUCAAUGUGGAUCAAAUCGUAGUUUAGAUAUAAAAACACCUAGAAAUGUACAUCUUUCAGCUAUAUAUAAAAGGAGCUUUGCUUUUUACACCGUUAAACAUAGAAUGCCUGUUAUUUUAACAAAUUUGAUAGAUUCUUUAGUGCGAAAUAAAAAGUAUAUCAUUGAAAAAUACGGAGAGGCCGCACUAGAGGAACUCAAGAUAAUUAUAGGAGAAAUAUCUGAACUUAAAUAUGAAAUCCAGACAAAUAAAUCUUUAAAACCAUUAACAACUGAUGCUAAAGAUGUAAAAAUUUAUAAUGAUUAUAUUUAUAAACAGACAGCAGCCGAAGGUCAUACAACUCAUUUUCAUACUAUAUGGUUGUUAACUGAAUGCUAUAUGUACAGAAGGAUAAAACAAAUGUUCGAAACCAAGACAAUAAUUAAGGAUUAUGAUUAUUUUCUUCAUCAAAAACAAGAAGCUUAUACAGUAGCUCUACCAAUAAUUAAAACAUUGGCUGAAUUUAUUGUUAAAAUAUUAACAAAUCAGAAUCCACCUGAAAAAAAUGAAUUCGUUCAGCUGCUCAAGGUUAACUUGUGGGGAAAUAAAUGCGAUUUAUCCUUGUCCUUAGGAAAAGCUAAUGAUUCUUCCCAAUUGUUCGAUACUGCCGCUUUAAAUAAGUAUAUAUUAUAUGAUGACUCUGAGACAAUUUGGGAAAAUAUUUCAAAUGAUGAUUGUUCAGAUAUCAUAGAUAUUGUAUUUGACAACUCUGGUUAUGAAGUCUUCACAGAUCUCUGUGUAGCCGAUUAUUUGAUAACCAAAGAUUUAGCUAAAUCAAUGCGUCUUUAUGUCAAGACGAUUCAGUGGUUCAUCUCGGACGUUAUGCAACAAGAUUUCUUUUGGAUAUUAGAUCAAUUAAAAAGUAGUAACAACGAAUAUCUUCGACUAUUGGGAGGGAGAUGGUCAGGUUAUAUAGAAAAUGGUACAUGGACACUUGUAAUAUCAGACUUUUGGACUUUGCCAUUUGAUUUUACUCAUAUGUCUACUGUAGAACCAGAGCUCUAUAAACAAUUGGCUCAGGCGAAAGCUGUUUUUUUUAAAGGUGACUUGAACUACAGAAAGUUGUUUGGUGAGAAAAACUGGGACCCAGCAACACCUGUUGAUGAAGCUUUGCAAGGAUUUCAUCCUACGAAACUGUGUAUCAUAAGGACUAUCAAAGCAGACAUUGUUUGCGGUCUACCAAAUGGAUUAGCAGAAGAAAUUGAAGCUGAAGAUGAAAAAUGGAUGGAAAAAGGAGAUUAUGGUCUCAUUCAGUUUUCUAAACAGAAACUUGCCAUUGAAUAAUAUAUUUCAAGUUGUACAUUUUAUUGUUGGUUUAUUAUAAUUUCAUUGUUUUUACCCAAUAAAUUUUCAACCUAA